UGCUGCUCCAUGAAAAGAUAGAUGCCUGUUGUACAGCUAACACCAGCGCGGAGGCCCAUGAUGAUAACUCCUAUCUGUACAACUUCAACUGGAACCACUGUGGCUCUGACCCCAAAUGCAAGAAACACUUUACCCAGGACACCUGCUUCUACGAGUGUUCACCUCACCUGGGGCCCUGGAUACAGCAGGUGGACCAGUCUUGGCGUAAGGAGCGGAUCCUAUACGUGCCUCUGUGUCAGGAGGACUGCCACAGCUGGUGGGACGACUGCAAGGAUGACUUCACCUGCAAACAGGACUGGCACUACGGCUGGGACUGGACCACAGGUACGCACGCACGCACGCACGCACGCACGCACACACACACGCACACAAAACCAGGCAGCAACACAUCCGCCAUGCUGACCCUCAACACGGGGGGCCCCUCAGGGGUGCGUGCAUAGUCUCUUCCUGUACACCUUGUUCAUCCACGACGACAAUGAGACCUGGCAGUGUGGUGCCAGGACAACA